UGUUAUAAAGAUAAAAUUUGGUUCUCUAGGCGGUGGCGGGAAAAGCGUAGGGCGAACAGAAGAGGAAAUAGGAAUGACCCAGCCUGUGAAGAAACCCAGAUUGGAGGAGCUCUGGUGUGCCCACUCGCCUGAAAUGGAUGCGGCAGAAGCAGAUGAAUGCAACUACACCGCUGACGAGCAAGAGGCGGCACUGGUGGCUCUAGUCGAUCAUCGUACUCGUGAAGUCCACCAUCUCCAGCAGCGUAUUUCCUACUACACUCGUCAGCUAGAGGAAGCAGAGAAGCGGUUACAGGAAUCUGAAUCUAUGUUGGCCCGCUUUCGAGGUCCACGUCAUACUUUGCCAUCAAUAACUUCUCAGGAUUGUGGAUUCAAAUGUGUGAAGGUUGAGCCGAGAUCACCCAGUCCUAUUCAUGCAAAUGGGGGUUCCGAAGCAAAACGAUUUAUUAGUUCCAGUCACAGCCCUUCAGUUCUCAAUCACUCUAAUCUUGCCAUUGUGGCUGAACAAGACAAACCUUGUAUCCCUUCUUCUACCGGGAGAGUUCUUGAAGAUCAAAGUAAUAGAAGAAAAAGAAAGUUUGAGCAAAAAGUUCACAAAGAAUUGAUUGCAUUAGUACGUAGCAGCUCUUCUCCGUUGACCGCCCAAUGCAAUGCUAGUUAUUAUUUUUCUAGUCAGCACAAGAGAAAACUGAGAAGCCUUGCUCCAUGUCCAAUUAAUGACCAGCUUUUUGUUACCAGUGCUUUGGAUGGAGUGAUCAACUUGUGGCAAGUUCAGUCCAAGGGGACAUUUGCCUCUCUUCUUUGUACUACUGAUUGUAUGUCUCAAAAGCAGAGGAGAUGGCCGGAAGAUAUGGCAUGGCAUCCAGAGGGAAACAGCCUAUUUUCCGUGUACAAUGCUGAUGGUGGAGACUCUCAAAUAUCAAUCUUGAAUUUCAAUAGGACUAAAGAGAGUGGCUGUGUGACUUUCUUAGAGGACAAGCCUCAUGUUAAAGGCACUAUCAACAGCAUUAGUUUCUUGCCUUGGGAAUCUGUCCCGUUCAUUACUGGUGGCAGUGACCAUGCUGUCAUUCUAUGGAAUAUGAAAGAUAAAGAGAACACAUGGAAACCAGAGCUUUUGCACCGAAACAUGCACUCUUCAGCUGUCAUGGGUGUCUCUGGGAUGCAGAUGAAGCAGAUCGUACUAUCUGCUGGUGCAGACAAGAGAAUCCUUGGUUUUGAUGUUCAAGCAGGAAGUGUACUCUUCAAGCAUCAACUAGAGACUAAAUGUAUGAGUGUCUUGCCAAAUCCAUGUGACUUUAACUUGUUCAUGGUCCAAACAGGGAGUCCAGAGAAGCAACUUCGGUUAUUUGACAUUAGAUUGGAAAAGAAAGAAGUCCACGGUUUUGGGUGGAAACAAGAAAGCAGUGAAUCUCAAUCAGCUCUGAUAAGUCAGGCAUGGUCUCCUGAUGGUUUACACCUAACAUCUGGUUCGGCAGAUCCUGUAAUUCAUGUUUUUGAUAUCAGAUAUAAUUCUCACAUGCCAUCUCGAUCAAUUAAAGCUCAUCAGAAACGUGUCUUCAAAGCUGUUUGGCCCCAUUCUCUUCCACUUCUUAUUUCCAUUUCAUCUGACCUGAACAUUGGACUGCACAAACUGGCCUAGAUAUUCCAUGUCCAAGUUACUAAUGCUACAUGCUGUCUGCCGUAAGAGCCCAUCUCUAGGUCGCUGGACAUCUUUUGAACGUUCUCAAAACAACUUAUUAAGAGCUAAUUUGGAAUCUUGGAUGCAGUCAACUAAGGACAGAAGCAAGAAAAUGUAUAUGAGUUAGUUGUCUGCAGGCAUGCAGUGCAUAGUCAUCUGGUUGUGAUGACAUUAAAAUCUGAAGACAAACCUUGAAGACCUGAACAAGUUGCUGGUUGUGACUCAGGUAGCUUAGUGGGAUACAUGUAAUUUAUUGAUCUUGUUGCCCUACAUUCAUUUUAUACGAACUGCUCAAAGACAAAUGUUUCAUUUUGGUUAGAGGGCUUUAUAAACCCAUGAUUCUCCCCUUGACAUGGUUUUGAUACCACGUUAAGAACCACGAUCCUCCACAA